UCAGGACGACCAGGCGGUUGAGAUAAGGACCACAUGAAGAUCCCCACAUUACCUCACCCGAUAAGGAAACAAGCAGAGCUUGAGAGAGAGAGAGAGAGAGUAAGAGAGGGUCAGUCUGGGAGGAAUUCUCUGGUUGGACGGUGAUGUGCAGAGAGCCAACCAGGGGCUUUAGGCAGUUGCUUAUGGAUCUGGAUGGAACAUGGGAUCCCACAGAACCCUGGUGAACUCUGGAAAGGAGCUUGGAGAUGCUUGAGCAGACUGAUCCUCAGUAGCUACAGACAAACAGAUCACAGGAUAGAAUUUUUAUACUUUUCUUAAGAUUCAGAUGAGUGAUUUCAGCUGUUCUUGAGCUAGUUUUUUUUUUUUUAAACUGAUUGGAAUUAUGCUUUUAGAUUAGAUGGAAAGAUGACCUCAGACUGUGUGUCCUGAGUAUUUAGUGAAUGAUACAACAAAUAUCCAACAAACUUCCAUCCUGCCAAUGAAAACAGACUCAAUAGAAGUGAAUUCAGUUCUCAGAUCUUCAGCAUCUGCUACAGCAUCCAUGGCGGUCAAUCCUCUGGAAGGUCUUAUGUCAGUUGCAGUGAACCACAAGCUGGUCUCCAGAUCCACAGCUGAUCCACAGACGCAGCAGCCCAGUGCAGCCGGCAGCCCAGCAUCUCCGCACGAGCACAGGCAGAGUGUACGCAGCAGCCGUGAGCCAAGGAAGUGGGUGUGUGGGUCCAGAUCAAACUACGGUUCUGAUUUUGGGUCCAAGACACUGAGGGGUCAGCACUCUCCAGAAAAUGCAGCACGAGAGAGGAGCCGCGUACGCAACCUGAGACAGGCCUUCCACAGCCUGCAGGCUGCUCUGCCCUCAGUCCCACCAGACACCAAGCUGUCCAAGCUGGAUGUUCUGGUUCUAGCUACUAACUACAUAGCUUACCUAACAGAGACCUUGGAUCAGGGAGGGACAUUGGCUGAGCACACUCUGCCCUCCAGGCAGGGUGGAUACCUGCAUCCUGUUAAGAAAUGGCCCAUGCGUUCCUUGCUCUACUGUGGCAGUGUGGGAGAGCUUCUAUCAGGAGUCCCAGCCAAUCAGAUGUCUCAACUUGGACAAGAUGGGACAUACCCGCUGACCCCCACUUUAGAAACAGGCAAAGAGUGAUAGGAAAAAGUGGGACAUAACUUUCACCCUGUUCCUUAUCUGCACUGUUAACCAGCUACGUAACUACACCGCUAUUGACAGCAAAGGGCACGUCAUGGCAAAGGCAAGCAUGGUGAAUAAUUUAUCUGAAGACAGUGAUCAUCAGUCAUGACAAGAAACUACUAAAUUAUCAGUUACAUCAUUGUUUAGCAAAGCAGAAAAUCUAAACUUUUAGAUUAGAUUAGUCAAAGAAAGAGAAAUGUUUUAAUACUUUGGAUUAAAAAAUACAUUCUUGAAGUUUUUGCUUGAUCUAAUAGUGAAGGACAGCUACAAGCUACAAGGACAAUGGCUAUUUUUGGCUCUGGCUGUUUAGAAAGUCAAUAUAUUGUCUUACAUAUCCCGAUUAAACAGAAAACAGCUUCUUUUGCUGUUUGUGAUUAGAAAGAAAGAACUUUUCCCUUCUAUCCGAGUAUCAAACUAAGAGAAGACACACACAGAGAUACACAUACAGGCCCAUGCACACAGCAACUUGGACAUAUUCCAUUAUUAUCUGAGCAUUAGACAGAAUGUUGUCAGAAACGGGUUUAAUAUGAGGAAACGAAAAAUCUGCUUCACUUGACUAAUAACACCAUAACUCAGCACAUGGAGGAACAGUGUGUAACCUGUUAUCUUGAUUUAAAGGUUGUACAGUGUUUUCUUUUUAUUUUCUCAGAUGUUACUGUCACUAUAUGGUAGAGUUCAGACUUUUCUUUAGGGUUUCCACCUCUUUAUUGAGAUGUUUGUGGUAUCAGUGUAUGUGUUUGUAUGUGAAUUUGUGUGUGUGUGUGUGUGUGUGUGUGUGUGUGUGUGUGUAGGGGGGGGGCAGAUGAACAGUGAGGGAGGGAUUGUUGUGGGAACACAGCUGCUGUCUGAUCACUUCAUAUCUCUGCAGUAAUGACCACUUUGAUCUCAUUACAACUCUGCCACAGAAUGUAACCUUCUACUUUGAGUAAAACACCAUUUACAAUAACAGCCUAUGUGCAUGUGCUGUUAGUAUUGUUGUUUUUUUGUUUUGUUUUUUGAAACCAGUUUCUGAUUCAAGUAUGAGCUGAUCACAGUCCUGAACUGAUCCACAUGUGCAAAAGAACAAUAACACGUCAUAUGACAUCACAUGCAGCAUCUUGAUGUACAUAAGUAAACAUGGAGGCCUCAGAAGUCAGGAUGAAUGAGGAGAAAGAGAGCCACAUUUUUAUCAAUGGCUUUUUGUGGAGAAAUGGCGCGAACGGCUUCACAGAAACAGAAAUAAUCCUAAAUGUCAAUGUUAAGGCUUAUCUUGAUCUACAUGUGUCAGCGCUUCUCCACAGUACUCACACACAAAUUCUGAUGAGCUGUUUUUUACGCAGUGUUCUUACAGGAAAUUAUAUUGUGCCUGUCAAUAACAUAUCAAUAACAGUUUACAGCUUUACUGUAAGCUGACUUUAAAUUUUAAAAAAUCAUUUAAUUGUAUUUUAGACAGAAGUUUUGAAUAAAUGAACACAUCUUGUCCAGACUGGACACCUGGAAUGUUAAAAUGACUCUUCAACUGUACUUCAUUCAGAUGAUAACUUUGAUGAAAUCAGCUUUGAGUGAGAAUUUACAUUGAUUAAAUAAUUAUUUAAACUAGCAUUAGAAAUGCACUACUCUGCUUACAUGCAUACAUACCUUGAAAAAGUUAUAUUAAGGACUUAAGACCCUUUCAAAUUUGCUUGCAUUGUCAUGAAAUCACCCAGUACACAUUAAAACCCACCAAACACAGACAAAGAAAUUAUCAAGCUAAAAGUAAACUGAAAGGGUUAAAAUAUUUGCACACUUAACUGAAUAACACUGCGAGAUAAAAAAAGACAAGGUCCAGUCCAAUCCUCCUUUCUUACAGUAUUAGCAGUUUCUGU